AUCAGAUAUGUUCAUGUGUGAUAAUACAAUCAGAUAUGUUCAUGUGUGAUAAUACAAUCAGAUAUGUUCAUGUGUGAUAAUACAAUCAGAUAUGUUCAUGUGUGAUAAUACAAUCAGAUAUGUUCAUGUGUGAUAAUACAAUCAGAUAUGUUCAUGUGUGAUAAUACAAUCAGAUAUGUUCAUGUGUGAUAAUACAAUCAGAUAUGUUCAUGUGUGAUAAUACAAUCAGAUAUGUUCAUGUGUGAUAAUACAAUCAGAUAUCCUCACGUCUGCCGGUAUUAUCAGCUAUGCUUACGUGUGAUGGUAUUCUAAGAUAUGCUCACGUAUAAUGGUAUUGUAAGCCAUUCUUGCUUGUGAUGGUAUUAUCUGAAAUGUUCAUUUGAGAUGGUAUUGUCAGAUAAUCUUACCUGCGCUGGUAUUAUAAAAUCUUCUCACUUUAAUGGUAUCAUCAUGUAUGCUUACGGUAUUGUUAGAUAUGAAUACGUGUGAUGGUUCUAUCAGAUAUGCUUACAUGUAACGGUAUUAUCAGAUAAGCUGACGUAUGAUGGUAUUGUAAGAAAUGCUUGCUUGUGAUGAUAUUAUCUGAUAUGCUCAUUUGAGAUGGUAUUAUCAUGUAUACUUACGUGCGUUAGUAUUAUAAAAUAUGCUCACUGUAAUGGUAUUAUCAUGUAUGCUUACCUGCGUUGGUAUUAUAAAAUAUGCUCACUGUAAUGGUAUCUUCAUGCAUGCUUAUGUGAUGGUAUUGUCAGAUAUAAAUACGUGUGAUGGUUCUAUCAGAUAUGCCUACGUGUGUUGGUAUAAUGAAAUAUGCUCACGUGUGAUAGUAUUGUUAUAAACCUGGUGGUGGCACAGAUGGGGGUAGUGAUGUGAGUGUAGUCAGUCGACGCAAAUCGCCCCAGGCCAGCGCUAGACGAGAGGUCAAUCGUGACGAGUUACGACAGUCAGCCGAGACGAGUGUCAACACGACGGUUCGGGAAGGAUCGACGUCGUGAACAGAGCUCAGGAGCGUCACGAGAGUUGUAGUCAUCUGACCACCUAGAAACGUCGAGCGGCGUUCUGUCCGGUUCGAGAAGGCCAGUAGGGACCCUAUAUAAGAGCGGAGGUGUCGCAGUCAAGAAGGUUGAGAAAAGGGGCUCAAUACAGCACGGUUCACGACAGAAGGUUCACGACAGAAGGUUCACGGCAGGGGUUCAAAACACGAUCAACUACAGCACAGUUCAAUGGAGUGGUUCUGUACGGAGCAUUACGACGGUUCAGUGCGGAGUACUGUCAAGUACAGUUGAGACAACUGUUGAACCCAGUGCAAGCCCGGAACGAGACGGAGAGGCCAGUGCAAGAGUUGAUACGGCGGAACGGUGUUAUCGGAGAGAUAUUUGUACAGUGUACGUGUUGCCAAUUGUACAGUAUUGGCUGUUAUUUAUUCAACUAUUAAAGUGUUACGUUACUUUGGAGCCCUGAGUUGUCAAGUUCUUUAAGUUGGUGGUGUAUGGUGCAGUUUGCAGAGAGCCUGGAUAGUGAGAUUCGAAACAGUACUAUUAAGUAAAAUAGUUCAGAUAUACCCAUGUGUGAUAGUAUUUUUAAUGAUAAUUAAAUAGUAUUACAUUUACCCUUGAUAGAUGAUAUUAUCGAUAUGCCAGUGUGUGAUGUAUCAGAUAUACCACUAUUUGUUGGUAUAAUCAGAUAAGCCCAUGGUUGAUGGUUGAUCAGAUAUGCCCAUGUGCGAUAGCAUUAAUGAUAGUUAAAUAUGUCUGUGUGUAAUUGUGUUAACAUGUGUGACCCAGGAUUGAUGACGUCAUUUAUUAUACUGGUGUGACACAAGCGAGUGCCAAACGGGGCAGACAAAUAUUACAUCGAUCAUUUUGAUAUGUACGUGUCCACUCCAAAACCCAGAAUUUUGACAGUUGAAAACUCAUAGAUCCAAUUUUAAAAUUAUGUUAUAGAAGCACAAGAUCAUAUUUAUAUGUAUAUACGUUACGUCUCUGCAAUUCUCACUUUCACACUAACUAAAGUCACAUGGGACUUAUUGGUGCUAAGUCCAACCCCUUCAAAUUAUAAUAGAGAGGCCUCAAUCAGCACAUAUUAUUUUAAAGACGGGACUUCUUUGGUUUCGGUUUUGAUCAACCAUCAUGUCUCGUCAACGUGUGAACAUGCCCUGCUGCCCACAUGCCCUGCUGCCCACAUGCCCUUCUGCCCACAUGCCCUUCUGCCCACAUGCCCUGCUGCCCACAUGCCCUUCUGCCAACAUGCCCUGCUGCUAACAUGCCAAACCGGUGUUGGAGACCCGUAGGCGGGAGGACAGUGGUAAGACUACUGCUCUCUGGCAAAUUCCUGCAGCCAGCUGUCCCUCAAUUGCGAUGGUUUUCCAUCCCUUUGGACCCGGUCAAUAUGGAAGAGAGAUACAGAAAACAGAAUCAAUUAUUCGUAGUCUUGCGAUGUGAGAUUAGUGACUACAUUGGCAAGGAAUGAACCCAAAAUACUUUGUGAUUAUAUGCUGCAUCAAUAUCCUAUUUUUAAUCUUAUUAACUUUUUACAGCACUGAGUUUCAAUUUGUAGGAAAGUCGAUGAGGUCAGUAUCUGUCCACUGUAACAUCAAUACCAACAUUUCACAGGACAGCCCCUCUGUUGCGAGCGAUAAGAAACUAUCCCAAACUGACACAGACAUAUCAAACAAACUAGUGUUAACUACCACUACAAGCAAAAUGUUCAUGAAGAAUGACCCGGCCAUCAAUGAGGGUCAAAGGGAGGAAACUGAAACUCAUCCCCAGAGAUCCACCUUACCAAAGUGCCCAGCCACACUGGGCAGCGCCUCCAAUUCAAGCAUGUAUCUAACGACAGUGUUUACUGGGCGACUGGGCAAUCACUUGUUCAUCUACGCCAUGCUUUUGGGUGUGGCCAGAUCGCAAGACAGAGUGCCAUUUAUAAGUGACGGUAUUGACAUCGGACAAGAUUUUCAAAUCUCAUUUAUCCAGCCACACAUAAACUCUAAGGGUUGGCGAGUUAUUGAAGAAUUCAGAAGCCACACAAAGUUUGUACCAACAUUCUUUCACCUUCCAGAAGAGAACUUGACGCUGAGUGGUUCUUUCCAGAGCUGGAAAUAUUUUCAGCACAUCCAAGCAGAGAUUCGACGCGAGUUCACCUUCAGCCUCCCGCUACAGGAAAAGGUGCAGACCAUCCUCGCAGCUCAUCGGAAGAAAUUCCUAAACCACGCCGUUGUUGGGAUUCACGCUAGACGAGGGGACUUCCUGGAACCAAAAAAUAUAAAAUUAGGCUAUGAAGUGCCAAAUGGAACCUACUUCGAGAAAGCAAUGUCUACAAUGAAGACGCUCCUGGGAAAGAAAAACGUGACGUUUUUAGUGGCCAGCGACGAUUUGACGUGGUGCCAGGAGAAUUUAAAUGAUAGCAGUGUUAGUAUAUUGCCACAGGGGGAGCCAAGCUUCCAUUUAGCGCUAUUGGCUAGCUGCGAUCACGUGAUAAUCUCAGGGGGAACUUUUGGCUGGUGGGCAGCCUGGUUAGCCAACGGAAUUACCAUCUAUUUUAAAAACUACGUACUACCUAAUACACAAUUAGACAGAGGGUUUGAUAAAGACGAUUACUAUUUGCCAGGAUGGAUCGGACUUGAAAACUAGAUGCCUGCUAAUUACAAUUUCUGAUUUUUUAAACAUCUGGAAAUGGCAAAGUGAGAGGCCAUAUUUAAUAAUUUAAUAUGACUACAUGAAUGUCUUUCUCGGAAUAUUUAAAAUGUCCAAAUUUUAAAUGGUUCUAGAAGUUUUUAUAAUUGUUGAAAAAUGCAAAGGUUGAUAUUGAACGAUUGACGCAUAGACUGCAAAGAGGCCCAGGACAUCCAGUGUGUGGAUUAAUGUCUAGAAGAGAUAUCUAGUGAUCUAACAAAGUAAUCUUUACAAAUACGAUGCCGGUACAUGCAAAAUACCAUUGAAACCAUGGUUUGCUAAUGGAUUACAUCCCUCGUAUCCAGGUAGUGCUAUCAGCUUUAAUUUAAUCUUAUGAAGUGUUAACUUGUUUUGUAUGACAUAAUAUAUAUAUAUAUAUAUAUAUAUAUAUAUAUAUAUAUAUAUACUGUUUAAAUAACUAGUCUAAUUGUCACCUAAUAAUAAGUGCUAAGUUUGUUUUCAUUGUAUAAAUAAUAUAUUUUUACAGUUCGAGAAACAACAGCAAUUUUCAAUUAGAACUAGAAAUAUCCAAAGAAUUCAUACAAUAUAUGUGAAUCUUUUCUGUGGAAUAUAUCUGAUUUUUUCAAUCGAAGAAGGUAAUUUUAAACAGAGUAUAAAUACCAGAGGAGACAAUCAGAGAGAUUGGUUAAAAUAAGUUUCAAGUUUCAUGUUCAGUCUACUUUUGUAAAUCUUUUAUUGAAAUUAAAUUAUAUUGUGUGUUAAUGGUGUGUGUUCAAUCUUCGGAUGAUUUCUACUUGAAGAUUAAAUUGUUAUACUACCUAUCAAAGAUUCUGUUCUUUCUACUCGGAGAGAAGGAUGUUCAGGAUAAUUUAAACGUUGGGCCAGCAAUUUUAUAUCAACAUAUUGACCAUCAAAUUAUAUUGUAACACUACAUUAUUACAUGUAGAACUUUUAAUUGGCAGCUGAAGAUCUCACCAUAACAUCUAAUCUGUUGUAUUCAACUAUACCUGUAACACAAAUUAUGUAUGUUUAUAAUAUUUUUUAGCGGCCGCCGAAAGUGGAAAAGACAUUAUUAGUUUUUGUGCGAAAUGUCUGUCCGUCUGUCCGUCCGUCCCGUUUAGAUCUCGUAAACUAGAAAAGAUAGUGAAAAUCCGACAUCACAAUAUUUUAGACCAUUCAAAGUUCUGAUGCAAGGGCUACUUUUUUCUUUUUCUGAAAGCGAUAAAUCUAAUUUUUAAAAUCAGUUAUGCAAGCAGUUUUUUAAAGAGAAAAAGCUAAUUAGUAUGCAUUAUAAGUUAGACCUAAUUUAAAAUGAAUAGUAAUCUUAUAAACUUCAUUUUUAUGAACUUUUUUUUAUUGCGGAAAUUAUUUUUUUUUUAAUUUUUUUGAGGAUUCGAAUAAGAGAUUGAACCUUUUUUAAAACAAUUGGAUCAAUUAUAAGACAUCAGUUAGGCCUAAGGAGGCGCGUUGGCUUCCGAACUAGGGGUCCGGGUUCAAAUCCUGGUGAAGACUGGGAUUUUCAACUUUCGAAUCUAUGGGCGCCUCUGAGUCUACUCAGCUCUAAUGGGUACCUGACAUUAGUUGGGGAAAAGUAUAGGCGGUUGGUCGUUGUGCUGGCUACAUGACACCCUCGCUAAUCGUAGGCCACAAAAACAGAUGAACUUGACAUAAUCUGUCCUAUAGACCACAAGGUCUAAAAGGGGAACUAGUUAGGCCAGGUUCACAUCUAACUUUACAUUCACUUUCACCUAUCCUUUGAUCUGCUGGACCGUUGGGGCACUACACAAGAUCUAAUAAACUUCUUUCUCCAUUCUUAUCUCUCAUUUGUCUUUGAUAUAAUUUCAUUUGCAUGUUCUUUCUAAAAAUAUUGAAGCCUGCCUGGAUGGACCUUUCGGGGGCCGAUUUUGAGUUUGUGUUUCCACACAAACUGUCUUUUGUAACCUUGUUUUUUUUAUAAAUUUCGAAAUAUAGAUUAGUUGUUUGACUAUUUGUUUUAGUUUAAUAUUUGACUAUUUAUUUGGAUAUUUGUUUUCGCUCAAUGUUUGACUAUUUAUUUGGAUAUCUGUUUUAGUUCAAUAUUUGACUGUAUAUUUAUUUUGGUUCAUUAUUUGACUAAUUGUUUGGGAUAUUUGGCUGUUUGUUUUACUAUCGGCUUGAAUUAGUAAAUGACUAUGUUGCAUUAAAUAUUAUAAGGAUGGAAUGCCAAAUGAGUUUAUUCCUUGCUCUGGUGGGGAAAUAGGAACUAAUCUGUUUCUCAAGAAGACAUUUCAAUGGCGGCUACAACGAACUUGUAUUUGCUUGGAACAACUUUAAACAGAAAGAUUGCUUUCAUUCAGAGCGUAGGAUAAGAGCUUCCAUAAACAAAAGGUUUCAAGGGACAUAAUUACAACUGUAAUUACAAUCAGCAUUUUCAGAAAUGAAAGUUUCACAUCCUAGCAUAGAUUUAAUUGACUUUUAUUUCAUGUACUAUGUAUUUGAACUGCAACAUAAAGUACUAACACUUGACUUACAGGUUCAAAGGUUGGAAUUGUAACUUGAGGGAAAAUAAUUCUGUU